AACUAACGGAGAGUAGCAAACUUUCUCAAACUUCUUCAAACACAAAAACAAGUUAAUAGUGGCUCAUUCCGUUUGGUUUUAUAUCGGGUUAGUUGCGUUUAUAUGUUGUUUUUGUACUGACAGAUGUGGAGUUACUGAUGGAUCCGCGAUAUGACAUACCGCGGAGGGCCACAGCCGGUAGCGGCGGGGGCUCUUCGAACUCGUCCCCGGCUAUGGGAGCUCAAUCCCGCCGCAGGAAGAUGCCCCCCAGACCCGCUGAUUUCAAGCUCCAGAUUAUAAUUAUUGGCUCCCGUGGAGUUGGUAAAACCAGCCUCAUGGAGAGAUUCACCGACGACACUUUCUGCGAAGCAUGCAAGUCGACAGUAGGAGURGACUUCAAAAUCAAGACGGUUGAGUUAAGAGGGAAGAAGAUCCGACUACAGAUAUGGGACACGGCCGGUCAGGAGAGGUUUAACAGCAUCACGUCGGCCUACUACAGAGGAGCCAAGGGAAUCGUGCUCGUUUACGACAUAACGAAACAGGAGACCUUCGAAGACCUCCCCAAGUGGAUGAAAAUGAUCGACAAGUACGCCUCGGAGGAAGCCGAGCUUCUGCUGGUUGGGAACAAGCUGGACUGUGAGGCCGAUCGAGUCAUCUCCAGACAACAAGGAGAGAGAUUUGCCUCCCGUAUCAGUGGAAUGCGCUUCUGUGAAUCCAGUGCCAAGGAUAAUUUUAAUGUGGAUGAGAUCUUCUUGAAGCUCGUGAACGAUAUCGUCAGUAAGAUGCCGCUGGAAAUGGCCAACAGGGAGCUCUCCAACAGCGUCCUGUCUCUGCAGCCUGAACCUGAAGUGCCCCCGGAGUUACCCCCGCCCCGCAUGCGUUGUUGCUGAGAGUCAGAAUCCCCCCUCCUCACCCCCCACAAAAAAACAAACAAACAAAAAAAUAAUACACACAAACCGUGUUUCUCACACAAAGCACACACACUCACUAAAACACGCAGCGUUACUAAAUGACCACAAGGGGGCAGCACACAGCAGCACUUUGGAAUGACCUGCUGAAAGGAUGCAUGGAAUCUAAAACAAGCAGUAUUAACUUCCUGUUUUCUUCUUCUUUGUAAGUGAACACGUUGGCCUGCAGCACACUAACACACCCCCACCCCCAAUCUGUCUACGCCGGACCCCCGGACUACCUCAUCGUUUGGCUGGUUCUGUUCGCUGUGGCCCUCAGGUUCCUUCCUGGUAGCAGUUGGACAUGACUGAGGGCGCCACAGCUCGUACUCUUGAUCAUUUCUUUAGGUCGUUCAGAUCACCUGAAGCUCACAGAAAAAACAAUAACAUCUCGCUACCUUUAGUUGGAACUUUGGGACUUUUUUAAACACAUUUUUUACAAAGUGAUGGAUGGAUUUGAGGUUUAGAAAGGCAGGUGGUGUAAAUGUGAUGUGCUGCUGUAACGACUGGAGAAGGUGCAGAUGUUUGGGGCUAACCUGCAGGUGGUGAUUUUAAAGUAUUAAAAGUGGCUGGAAUUUAAAUUUGUAUAAAUGUUUUUGCACUACGAACCGUUUCCCUUUUUCAGCUGGCGUGCAGGAAAGUAAAUAAUUGGUAGUUAAGCUAACAAAGGUUGUGGCGGCUGCUUUUUGUAAGUGGAAUGUAGAAGCAAAGACAGAUGGGUAAUGUAGUAUUUGGUUGAUUUUGAUUUAUCAGAGGGAAUAGACUGUAAGAAACCAGCAGACUCCUGGUUUUAUUCGUGUUUUGUCACUAAUAUUUAUUUGUUUUUCUUGAAUUCAGAUAAAGAAACUGAGUUUUCUCCUUUUUUUGGUGGAAAAUUUUUUGUUUUUAACUGUUUGAACGACUCAGGAAACCUUGAUCGGCUCAAAGCUGCACAUGAUUCUUGGAUUUAAAUUCGCUUUGAGUUUCAAAUUAAAGGCCCCUCAUGUCGGGCAUUGUGCCAUCUAGUGGUGACGCUGCGAAUUACAACACACUCAUCCUCCCCUUUCAUUGACAAAAAAAAAACAGUUUUUGGUUUGUCCUAGCAGCAGAUUAGGGUUGAGAAGAGGAACCGGUAGGUUUGUUUCUUUUAAAUGACUUAAAACCUGCAACCAGAACUGCUAACAGCUGGAAUAAGGACAGGUUUUUAUUAGUUGUGAGUUCAGUUUUGUCCCGUUACAUACAAGAGAAAUGUGAAAUAUUCCCUCCUGUGUUCAUUAAUAACAAUUCUGGGAACUUUAGAUUUGAACUGAGUGCAGUGUUAACCGUGUAGCACUGUGAGUGUGUGUGUUUUGUCGAACCGCGGCAAAAACAUUUUAGUAAAGGAGAAGCCGACUGACAUUACUCUGAUACUACUCUCAUUAUCUAUUUUUAUUGAAAUUUUAUAUUAAAGUUAAGCUUUUUGGGGGAGUUGAAAUAAGACAAAGCACAUUUUUAACAAACGAGCAGUUUCGUGCCAAAAUGUAGAUAUUAAAAUGUUUUCGAGCACAAUUUCGCAAUAAGCUCAUCGGCCAGCAGGAGAUCUUUCUGGGAAAUUGAAGUUUUAUCGCUCGUGUUUGGAGGCUUUUCUGCAGGUGGCUGUUUUGGAAAUGAAAUGUUUAUUUUGUCGUCUCUUUUGACACUAACCCUGUGGACUUUAUAUUCUAAUAACCAAGCCUUAUUAUACUACUCUUCAUUUGCAAUGUGUAUCUUUUUUUCUUUCCCGAGAUGGAUUCCUGUUCUUUGUGUUAAACCUGUUAAAAUUUGUUUGAAGCAGAUUUGCUGUAUUUAUAACUUGUGGCAUUCUUGAACUAAUGAAAUGCAAUUAAAGAUGUUUAUAUUUAUUA